AUGGCACCUGGUCCUAGGCUUGGUUCUGGCCUUUCUCCUGAUAUUGCAAUAGUCUUAUCCAUUACAAAUAACAAACUGUCCAACACAAGAUUGCUGAAUUUUAGAACAACCUGGAUGGAACAUGCACAUACAAAAUGCAAUGGCACCGUGAUACCAGAGUUUACUUUUGUUGGUUUUCCAGGACUGAUAAGAGUCCCCGAGUUAAUCGGAGUAACAUUUCUGGUUACAUAUGUGUUGACUCUCUUCGGCAACUUUUUCAUUUUCUAUGUAAUCAAAAAGCAAGAGACGUUGCAAACUCCCAUGUUUAUAAUAAUAUGUAACCUGGCCUUGUCAGACAUCAUUUACAGCACGGUUAUAACUCCUAAGAUUAUACAGACCUAUUUGUUUGGUUAUAACUCUAUUCAGUUUCACAUGUGCUUUCUUCAAAUGUACUUUUUGCACUUUGCCGGCUCAGUUGACUCCUAUAUAAUGCUUGUGAUGGCAAUAGACCGUUACAUUUCUAUCUGCUAUCCUUUGAGGUACCCAGCUUUAAUCACCAAUAAAAAUGCUCAGAAAAUGUGCUUUACAGCCUGGAUCCUUGGGGCAAUUACACCGCUCACGCCAGUUAUCCAGGCUUUAGUCCUGCCCUUCUGUGGAUCUAACAUGAUACCUCUAUUAUAUUGUGAAAUUGGCACAGUUGUGCGGUUGGCAUCUACAGACACAACUUUUAAUCAACAAAUGGGGAGCUCUUUUGGCAAUUUGGUGCUGAUUGGUUUGUUUUUGCUUAUCUUGCUUUCCUAUUUAAAGAUAAUCGUCUCAGUCAUGAAGAUUGCAACAUCGGGGAAUCGGAUGAAGGCAGCCUACACCUGCAGCACUCAAAUAAUUGUAAUUUUUAUUUAUUUCCUCCCCAGGUUAUUUGUAUACAUUGCCUCAACUGCUGGUUUGUUCAUUCCAGGUGAUCUCCGAGUGUCACUAGGGGUCCUUUACUGCCUCCUACCUCCUUUAGUAAAUCCACUGAUUUACAGUUUCAGAACUAAAGAAAUUAAACAGUUUAUACUUAAGCAGCUGAAUACGAGAAACAUUUAUUGUAGUAUCAAGUUCCGACUUAUCCACGAGCAUAUACUGUAUGAGCUUCUUAACUAA